ACUCCAAUUCAUUAUUGCUGCUAUAUCCAAAUUCCAAAAAGUCCGAUUUUUCUUUCUCCUUCGCUUGGGGCUCUCGAUUUCCCUCGUCUAGUCGAAUUUGUUUAACGAUCACAGUAAGGUUUAAGGUUAUUUGCUGAUUUUUUUUGAAGAAUUCAUGACAACUGCUGCUAGACCCACAUGGCAACCUGCCAAAGGUGGGAAUGAACAAGGUGGUACUCGAAUUUUCGGCCCAUCUCAGAAGUACUCAUCGAGGGACCUUGCUUCCCAUACAACUCUAAAGCCUAGAAAGGAUGGUCAGGACAGCCAGGAUGAUUUGCAGAAGAGAAACCUCCGUGAUGAGCUUGAAGAGCGUGAACGGAGGCAUUUCUCAUUAAGGGACAAGUCCUCUAAUGAUGACAGAGAUCGUAGGAAGGGAAACCAUUUUCUUUUGGAAGGGGCAAAGAGGGAGACUGAAGACCGAAUUGUUCCACGCAGUGUUGAUGCUGAUGAUUCUGAUGUGGAAGUCAACAGUGACAAUGAAAGUGAUGACGAGGAUGAUGAUGACGAGGAUGAUGAAGAAGCUCUCUUGGCUGAGCUUGAACGAAUAAAGAAAGAGAAGGCAGAGGAGAAACUCCGACAGGAAAAACAAGAGCAAGAAGAACAGCUAAAAGCCAAAGAAGCUGAGCUUCUUCGUGGAAAUCCACUACUUAAUAAUCCAACAUCUUUUGGUGUAAAGAGGAGAUGGGACGAUGAUGUGGUCUUCAAGAACCAGGCCCGUGGUGAAACCAAGGCUCAAAAGCGCUUCAUUAAUGAUACCAUAAGGAAUGACUUCCACAAGAAAUUCCUGCUGAAAUAUAUGAAGUAAAUAACUUGAAUGCCCAAGCAAUUAGGGAAUCAAGUGAAACUUAACGGUUUCAAAACAUAGUUUGUAUCUGUAGUGGAUUAGAAGAUGGUGUAAUUUUCCUGGAAAAUGUGACGUUCAGCGUAAAACAUAAAUCUCCUAUGUUUGCUGUCUGCCGCCAUAUGCUAAUGGAUAUGGCAAUGAUAGAUGUAUUUCUUGAAUUGGUUAAGACAUACUGAAAGACAAGUACUCUUAAGCAACUCGGGCUUUUAUCAAUAUAGUUUCUUCUUUGGAGAUUA